GCGGUGUCAAAUCAAACUACUGUUCUCUCUCUCCUAUCUGAUUAGGGUUUUUUUGGGGAUAUGGAUUGUGAACGGUACAAGCUAUUCGUUGGAGGCAUACCAAGAGAGACUAGUGAAGAAUCUCUGACGCAGUAUUUCAGUAAAUAUGGAGUUGUGUUGGGAGCUAUUGUUGCUAAGGACAAAGUCACUGGUCAGCCCAGAGGCUUUGGCUUUGUUCGCUUUGCUAAUGCUGAUGAUGUUGAUAAAGCUCUCAGUGAUUCUCACCUCAUUCUCGGUCAAGCCGUCGAUGUGAAAAAGGCGAUUCCGAAACAUGAGCAGCUGAGAUAUCAGCAACCGAACCUGCAACCAUACGAGAGAAAAGUGCAACAGAACAAUGGUGGUCUCCAUGAAACGCAGAGUAAUGGUAAUAACAUUAAUAACCAUAGGACCAAGAAGCUAUUCGUUGGGGGUUUAUCGUCUGAGACAACUGAAGAAGAGUUCAAGGCUUACUUUGAGAAAUUCGGCAGGACGACCGAUGUAGUUGUGAUGCAUGACAGUUUGACAAACAGGCCUAGGGGUUUCGGUUUUGUCACAUAUGAUUCAGAGGACUCUGUUGAGAUCGUUAUGCAGACUAAUUUCCAUGAGCUGAGUAAUAAACGUGUGGAGGUGAAACGGGCAAUACCUAAAGAAGGAAUCCAGAGCCAAAACCUUCCUCCUACAUACAACAGCACCUUUCAAGCAACACCGUAUGUCCCUGAGAGCAAUGGUUAUGGGAUGGUUGUUCAGUAUCCCCCUGUCUUUGGUUAUCCUCAAGGUGUCCAAGGCCUUCACUAUCCUUAUGGUUACUCAUUCACAGCUCAAGGGCCUAAUGUUCCGGUUCCAUGGAACAACACGAUUAUGCCAAACACCUGUUUUUACUGCCCACCUCUUCCUCUCACUGAGACUUCUUGUUAUGUUCCAUACAUUAACGGGUUUGAUCCUUCGGGUAUGAGCAUUGUUGGGUACAACGCAGUACCAUCAUGGCCUGUAGCUGGUGAUGGAGCUCGUGCGAUGAUACCUCGUGAGGUGCCUAGUCAUUCUCAUAAGAGAAUGAAUGGAGGCAACAUGGGGAAGCCAUUGCCUAAUGGUACAUAUAGAUGAUAGUUUCAGAAUGAUAAAAUGCAGUUAGGCUCACAAGGUUAGUAAAAUUCUUUGGACUCUUUAAAUGGUUUUUUUUUAGAUUUUCUCAUCUUUCUUCUUCGUUAACUCUUCGGUGAAUGUGUUGGUUGGUUUGGUCUCCCUUGUAUAUUACUUAGGUUUCCGAUUUAACCCCAAAACAUUUGUAAUAUAUUACUGCAUUUGUAAUAUAUAACAUACUGAUUUCGUUCGACCUCUGUUUCUUUAUGGGUUUUGUUCAU